CUAGAUUGCUCAAUUAAACCAAAUAGCUUAUGGCGGAGCCUCCUCCACCACGAGCACCUUGGCUACGACCACCACUAACUUACCGGAAUAGGGGUAGGGGAAAAGUAUGGAUUCCUAAUUGUUCAAGACCAGACUCAAAGGGUCCCAUUUCUUUUCCACCUCGAUUUCCAACUGCAGAGGCUGGAUACUACAGGCCUUAUGGUAACUUCAGAGUUGGACCUUACGGUUAUGGGUGUCACCCUUACGUUCAUCAAUAUCAGUGUGUAAGACCAACACUACUGCCUCAACAUCAGGUGGGUGUGAAUGGGCUCGUGCAAAAUGGAGGUGUAAUGGAUGUGGUGCAGCCAGCCCAGGCCCAAGAAAAUCAGUCGGGCUUUGUUAGCCACGGGACAGGUGUGUUCCAUCCUGCCCAAGUUCUACCCAGUGCCAGCUGCAGCAAUAUCAAAGAAAAGAGUCCUAAACAAGAAGGUGGAGCCAAUUCUCAAAAGAAAAAAAAGAAAAUGGCUUCAAAAGAAAAAAAUGAUGGAUCAGUCAAGGUGAAGCAGGAAGAGUGCUAUGAUAAUUCGUUGCCUCCUGGCAUAAAUUUACCCAUGGAGUGGACUUACUAACCCAAUGGAAUGGAAUAAUAGAAAAGAUAAAUAAAAUAUAAAAAGACAAAUUGAAUAAUACAUAUGCCCCUUGCUAUUUGGUUAUUUUAUCAUUAAUAAAAG